AAUCAAUAGCAAUGAUGCCAUUAACUUUCUUACGCAGUCUACAGCAUCUCCAUUUAUAUCCUGCCAUGAAGAUUUGUAAAUUACGGACUCUAAAAUCGUUGUGGACUCUGAAACCUCCUUGUAGGACUUUCCAUAGGCAUCCCAGGCUGCUUGUCUCUGAUGUGCACUCUCAGUACGAAUCUGUCAGGCGUGGUGAACAGGAAAUACCAAAGUACUUUAACUUUGCAAGUGAUGUAGUGGACAAAUGGGCUGAGAUUGAAAAGGCUGGAAAAAGACCAACAAACUCUGCUUUUUGGUGGGUAAGUGGUAGUGGAGAAGAAGUAAAAUGGAGCUUUGAGGAGCUGGGAUUCCUUUCUCGGAAAGUGGCCAACAUGUUGACCAAAGUAUGUGGACUGCAAAAAGGGGACAGAGUCAUUGUGGUUCUGCCACGAAUCCCGGAGUGGUGGCUGGUGAAUAUGGCUUGCAUUCGAGCAGGAAUUGUCUUAAUUCCAGGAACAUCCCAAUUAUCAGCCAAAGACAUAUUAUAUCGACUCCAGGCUUCAAAGGCCAAGUGCAUCAUCACCACCGACACACUGGCUCCUGCAGUAGACUCAGUUGCAUCUGAGUGCCAGUAUCUUAAAAACAAGCUGAUGGUGUCCAAAGACAGUAGGGAGGGAUGGCUGAACUUCAAUGAACUGUACAAAACCCAGCCUGCUGAACAUUCCUGUGUCAAAACAAGGAUUCAAGAUUCGAUGAUUAUCUACUUUACCAGUGGAACCACAGGUUCUCCAAAGAUGACUGAACAUUCCCAGGGCAGCCUUGGUUUUAGACCCCUGUUAUAUGAAAGGUCCUCCUUGUAUGCAACUCCGUCAGACACAGUGUGGAGCGUUACAGACACAGGCUGGAUAGUAACUUCAGUGAUAUCUGUAUUUGAUGCCUGGACUUUGGGAUCGUGUGUUUUUGUCCACCAGCUCCCACAGAUUGAACCAUCAGUUAUCCUAAACACUCUCUGCAGAUUCCCCAUUGACAUCAUGAUUAGUGCUCCCACUAUGUACCGCAUGCUGGUGCAAACUGAUCUCUCCAGUUACAAAUUCAGGAACCUGAAGUACUGCAUGAGCGGAGGGGAGGCGCUGAACCCAGAAAUCUUUGACCAGUGGAAAAACAAGACAGGGCUGGACAUCCAUGAAAUAUAUGGCCAAACCGAAGCGGGAAUAAUCUGCUCUGUUUCUAAAGGAAUGAAGAUCAAACGCGGAUCAAUGGGAAAGGCCACUCCCCCAUUUGAUGUUCAGGUUGUAGACAAAGAUAAUAAUAUUCUGCCUCCUGGACAACAGGGGGAUAUUGCUAUCAGAAGCAAACCCAUAAGACCACUUGGUUUAUUCACUGAAUAUGUAGGUAACCCUAAGAAAACUACAGAAAGCGAGCGUGGGGAUUUUUACAUCACAGGGGACAAAGGGAUUAUGGAUGAAGACGGAUAUUUUUGGUUUAUUGGAAGAGACGACGAUAUCAUCAUUUCUUCAGGGUAUCGCAUUGGGCCUUUUGAGGUAGAGAGUGUUCUGUUAGAACACCCAGCAGUAGCAGAAACAGCUGUUGUCAGCAGUCCAGAUCAACUCAGAGGAGAGAUUGUGAAAGCAUUUGUGGUCCUGUCUGAUGCCUUUUCAUCCAGUGAUUAUGAAAGCUUAACCCGCGACUUGCAGGAGCAUGUCAAGAAAACUACUGCUCCAUACAAAUAUCCCAGGAAGGUGGAAUUUGUCCGGGAGCUUCCAAAGACAGUCACCGGGAAGAUAAAGAGGAAUGAAUUAAGAGCCAAAGAGUGGGGAAAGGUGUAGCACUGUGUGGAAUUUAACAGACCUCCUGUUGUUCCAUUAAUCAUAGAAUCAUAGAAUCAUAGAAUCACCAAGGUUGGAAAAGACCUAAAAGAUCACCCAGUCCAACCGU